AUGUGUGAUGAAUCGCUGUAUCCACCUAUUAGUCUUUCUCUUCAUUGUGUAAUAUUUAAUCAUUUGAUCAGAUUUGUCUACACCCCCAUAUAUUUGUUAUAUUGGUGUAUAACAUCUAAUAUAACUUUUCAUUUUACUUCUACAAUAACAUCAACACUAAAUUUUGUAGUAAGUAUCACUACAGGUUUUUUGUCGUUCCAUAUUAGGUUCUGCGAAUUUUCUUUUUUAACAGUUUCUAAGUUUUCGGGCCCCCUCUAUUAUUUCUCAAAGUUCCCCAUACAUAAAUACCAUCAGAAAGAAGAAGUUAUGCAAGUUUAA